CUCAGACAGUCUCUGGGGUCUGUUAGGUUUCGAUAGCGCCACAACAGACAGUCAUAGCUGCAGCAGCACAUUUCCUCCAGGCAUUACUUUGUCAUAUCUUCCUGCUGCAUCACAAAAGGAGCUACUGACGUGGUAGAUGAUCGUAUAGCGUUGCUAUCUGACCGGUGUAAUGGGUAACUCACAGUCUGACCAGGAGCAGGAGCAGGAGCAGGAGCAGGAGGAAUUAUCACAUUAUUAUCAGCGAAAGCCACGAAAUAGGAGGAAGCCAAGGUCCAGAUCCAACAAUCCCCAAAGACAGCACAAUGGAAGGCAUACCAGCACAAUACAAUAUGAACCUACUGGAGCAAACUUCAGUAUCUCAAGACAACAAAACACUCAUUCAUCAAACAGAAUACAACAGAACACUCAACCAUCUACCACAAGCACAAUAGUAAUUCCACCCACAUUCCAAAGUUCAUCUUACAACAGCUCACAAUAUCAAGUUGAUCUUGAAUCUCUUGAGCCUGUUACCCAGAAUGGGAUCCACCGUGCUAACAACUAUGUGAUCCCAGCAGCUGAUAAAAAGGAGAGAAAAGACCACUGGAACAUCUUACCAUGCCAAAUUGGACAGCGGAAUAAAGGACUGCGUAUAUGUCCUCAGUAUAAUGGGCAUGGCUGUGUGACUGAGCCAUGCAGGCGGCUUCAUGUUUGCUUCUACUGGGCCAAAAACACAUGCAGAAAAAAAUUCUGCAACUGUGACCACUCUUUUGACUCAAUGCACAAUAGGAAGCUCAUUGACACUCUUCUAAUGUGGCAAGAGGUGAUGUUGGAUGAUUCUCUAGGCAAGACAUUCAUACUGGAGGAGCUACAAAUCUGUGUGUUUAGUGUCCUAGGGAAGUGUUCAAGGACACAUUGCUCCAGAAUACACUCCACAAAAAAUUACCUGUGGCAGGUGAAGAGCAACAAUGUAUGGAUAGAAAUGUCAUGCAAGCAGAGUGACUACUUGGAACUGAUGUACAGUCAUCCAUCUGAGGAACAAGUGGAUCUCAUUCCUAUUCAGACUGACAUUGGUAAUAGCACAAAUUUACAAAGACUUGCUGAUCUCCUUUCCAAAGAAACCUCAUGGUCUGUUGACUUGGAAACCUUCAAGCUGAAUGGAACUUCUUCAAUGCAUGAAAUAAGAAGGCUCUCCACUGUCUCUGAUUUGACUUCCAGAGUUCAUGUUGCCACUCGUUGGGUUUGGUACUGGCAGGAUGAUGAUGGCUGCUGGGAACCUUAUCUUGAGGGUGUUCACAAAAAAUGUUACCAUGUGGCUCUUAGUGAUCAAUUGGAGUACAUUCUACGAGCAGAUAACAAUAAAUUUGUUACUAUUCAUAUCAAUGAACAUUCUUACUCUAUUAAUGGCGAGGAAAUGACGCAAACCAACAAAACCACUGGGAGAACACGAAGAGUGCGUAGGAGGCCGGCUUAUACUCUACUUUGUAAAACGAGUGUCAAGUUUGAUGAUCUGUUCUUGACCCAACCCACUGAAAAGAAAUACCUGAAGCUUCCAUUAGUUCCUCUGAGCUCAGAAUUCAUAUUUGUAGAGGGUCUACUGGAGCAGACCCUGGCAGGACUCAAGAUUGCUAGCAUACACCGAAUUCAGAAUGACCACUUGUGGAAGGUGUACCAAAAUAAGAAGCGUUUCCUGAUCUCUCUUAAUGAUGGGGACACCACAACCAUCAAUGAACAGUAUCUCUUCCACGGCACCAGCCACGAGGCUGUCAACCAUAUCUGUGCAGAAAACUUUGACUGGAGGCUGUAUGGCACCAAUGUAGGCCACUUGUAUGGCCAAGGAACAUACUUCACUAAUUUGGCCAAGUUGGCUUACACAUAUGGCAAGAGAAAUAAGACAGGCAAAAAAGUUAUGCUAGUGGUGCUAGUGUUGGUUGGAAAGACAACAGUAGGCCAAGCCAACAUGAGCUUUCCACCAACAAAUGCAUCUACUGGGAGGAGGUAUGACACUACCUGUGAUAAAGAAACCAAUGCUUCUAUCUUUGUCAAGUAUGACAGGGAUGAAUAUUAUCCAGCUUAUGUUGUAAAAUAUAGUUGUGCCUCAUGACAUGCCUAAUGUAGACAGGACACAGAGUGGUUGAUGAGUGGAAUGGUCUCAGUGGUCAUGUAGUCAUGGAUGGGGAUGAUAGAUGGAAUUAGGUAGCUUUAAUUAUACAGCGGCUGCCACGUGUAGGCCUGGUGGCCUCUUGCAGCUUCCCUCUUUUCUUAUUCUUCUGUAUGCAGGUCAGCCAAUUUUGCUGAAAUGUCAAGUUUUAGGAGUUAUUCUAGACACACACCCAGCUCUAAAAGAAAUUUCUCAUGUUUCCAGUAGUCCUCAUUUCUAUUUAAUGUUGAAUUGAACUCUAUCAGUUUAUCUUAUGUUAAGGCUUCAUGAGGACUUAAUUGCAAGGUUAUUGUAAUUGAAAGCUAUUUACUGAAACUAUUGUUGUAGUUGACAGCUUUUUCCCUCCUCAAACACUGAUGAAAAUGUAGAUGGGUUUCAUGGCUAACUACUCAAAUUUCAUCAAACGUUAUUUUGGUACCAUGAAUCAAGAACAGUUACAAGUAUUUAAAAACCACUAGAUGCUGAUCUUAGAUUUUCAUCAAGAUGAAUGAGUAACUGCAACAAGAUGCCCAAAACAACUUCUCUCAAGUUAUACUAAAUUGCAAACUGUUUUAGCAUCUCAUUCUAUGUAAUUGGGGACUGAAGACAAACCGAGGACUCUUCAAUACCAGUCUGGUACUUUAAGGCACCAUCAUGGCAGUGCUUUCCUCAUGUGAAUUGUUUCACCAUAUCCAGCCAGCUUAGUUUUGUAUCUCUCUUGUGAGCUACUUUUAUUCUUUCUUGAAAUAUUCUUACUAAAGCUAGCUAUACACACUGCUCUUUGGCAUAUAUUGUUAGUAGUGGAAUAGACUAUUAUAUUAGACAAGAAUAUGUGAACACAACCUGUGUAGUUCGCCUACAUUCAGCCUGUUCCUAAAAAAGGUGACCGUUCUAACCCCUCAAACUACCGUCCUAUAGCUUUAAUCUCUUGCUUGUCUAAAGUUUUUUAAUCUAUCCUGAAUAGGAAGAUUCUCAA